GUUUUCUUUAUUCUCUUUUGUAUCAAAAUGUCAGAGUCAAGUCAUAUCCAACCCAACUUUUUCGGUUCAGGAUAUGGUGAACAGCCUAAAAAAAAAAGCGGGGAUUGGGUCGAUUUUAAUAAUCCAACAGCUCCACCGCCAUAUUCACCAGUGCCCCAUGAACCAACAGGAAGCUCAAGACCAACGACCCAUCCAAGCGCACCACCGUUAGAUUUUCCCAAUUAUGGUUACUAUGGAUCUGUCCCAUACCCCACACCUAAUACAACAUCGGAUGUCAAUCAACCUACUUGGCCUUGGGCAGCACCGCCAAGUAUGCCAGUACCCCCAUCCAAUUAUAUAUCACCAUCAUCACUACCACCACCACUACAACUAUCAUCGUCGCCGCCUCCGGAAGUUAAAAAAAACAAAAAUUGGUGUGAAAUAUCAGUCAAAUACCUUUUUUAUGUCUUUUGUCUCUUUUUAGUGAUUCGUAUGGUGGAAUUAUUAACACGCGGCACUGGUUAUGGGGGGUCUUGUGCACAUGGAGUCGAAUGGUCUGAUUUACCUCCCGAAUUUAACUAUAAUAAAGGAAUCAAAAUUCGCACUGUAGGUGGACACUUAUCCAGCGGACAGAUCAAAAUUCAAACUAUUGGAGCUGAAGAUCUUGAAAAGACAGGCAAGGUGCGUAUGUCGGCAUUAAUUUUUCCGCCUCGAUUAGCAAAGCACUCUGAUUUGAGUUUCGCCAUCACCCAUUUUACAAAUGGCACGAGUUUAGAACUUUAUAUUCCGCAAGAUUUGGAUCGUAAUGCUUGUAUUACCUUUAACGCUGUGAUUUAUGUCCCUGAGGGUACGCCAUAUAUUGAAUUGGACAUGCAAAAUACACGCGUGAGUGUCUCGGAUGAGACAUUGUCGGUGCCAGUCGUUGGUAUUACCACCACUAAUGCUCCUAUUGAAUUCCAUGGCGCUUGGGAAGGAGAGGCAUUGUUGUUGAGUACAAAGAAUGCCAUUAUCGAGCUGACAAAAUAUAUGUCAAGUAGCCAAGUAAUCAUGAUAACAACAACCAAUGCAGCCAUUAGAGUGCGACAAACCCUGCAAGCAUAUGAUACGAUGUAUAUAUCUACUACCAAUGGUGCUAUUGAUGUAGAUGACCUUAUUUAUUGUGAUCGCUUAAUUGAGUUGAGAUCUUCUAAUAGUCAUAUCAAUGCCUAUAAUGUAACAGCCAGUAUUGUCCGAGUGCUCACUUCUAACGGCCGUAUUAAUGUUGACCAUGGUAAUGCUGUUGAAUUGUUCAAUACCCAAACCACAAAUGGUCAAGUUAAUGUUCAUGUUGACACUGGCGCUCACGCGGAAAUGUCUAUUCGUACUUCCAACGCAGAAAUUACUGCUAGUUUACCUAGUGAUUAUGAAGGUCACUUUCUUUUUGAUGCAGGAAGUCAUAAUAAGUUAACAUUUAUUGACGAAUCUGGAUGGUCCCAAAUUGACAGUAUGAAUAGAGGUCAUAUAUCAGGUAGACGCAUAGAGCCUGGACACACAGAGGUGCCCAAUACCCGAGUACAAGUCCAGACAACUAAUGCCAAUGCGCAUAUUCACUUUUAAUAAAAUGUCUAUUUUUUAAUUUUAUU